AUGCGCUUCCUCUGUCUCCACGGCGGCGGCACAAACGGCGAAAUCUUCGAAAUCCAAACCGGCGGCUUACGCCAACAACUAGAGAAACAUGGCCAUAAGUUCAAAUUCAUGAACGGCAAGAUCCCUGCCAAAGUCGAAGAAGAACUCGAAGGCAUAGUCGACGGCCCCUUCUACAACCACUACAACCGCGGCCCAAACCCGCCUGGGUCAAGCAUGCUCGAAGCAAUCGAGCACACCAAGCGAUUCAUCGCAUUGCAAGGCCCCUUCGAUGCAGUAAUGGGUUUCUCACAGGGUGCAGCCCUUGCCGCCUCAUUGCUGAUCCAUCACAGCAGGACGCGUCCGGCUGAGCCGCCGCUGUUCAAGGUGGCGGUGUUUAUCUGCGGUGCGGCGCCGUGGGAUAGUUCGGGGUUGCAGCAGAUUGCGCCGCGGGAGACGUAUCCGAUUACGGUGCCGACGGCGAAUAUUGUGGGCAAGGCGGAUUCGCUGUUUGAGGAGGGGGUGAGGCUUUAUGGGCUUUGUGAGCCGAAGAAGGCGGGGUUCUUUGAUCAUGGGUCGAAGCAUAUGGUGCCCUUUGAUUUGAAGAAUACCGAGGAGAUGGUUAGGGUUAUUUUGGAGGCUGUGGAGAAGGCUGGUUAG